AUGGGUUCCUGCUCCUGCUACAAACCGACAUUACUCCUCAUCAUUGUUCUCACAUUCUUCUUUUCUCAAUCAUUCGCAUCACUUCCUUUCAUUUGGCCUCUCCCUGCUAAAUUCUCAUUCGGUAAUGAAACUCUUUCCGUUGAUCCAACACUUUCUCUCAUCGGAAACGCUGCUGACUCGCCAAUUGUUAAAGCCGGUUUUGAUAGAUUCAAAGGGAUAGUGUUCACUAACAACGGUUACACCUUCGGUUUUGUUACAACAGACAAAGCUGUUUACGAUGUUAAUCAGUUGAAUGUCGUUGUUCAUAACAAAACUGAAGAGCUUCAACUUGGAGUGGAUGAAAGCUAUAAUUUGUUCAUUAUAAAAGCAACUGGUUCUGGCAAAGUCACUAUUGAGGCAAAUACUGUUUUUGGUGCAUUGCGAGGAUUAGAGACGUUCAGUCAAUUGUGUUCUUUUGAUUAUUCAACGAAAAGAGUACAAAUAUACAAGGCACCUUGGUCCAUCCGAGACAAACCUAGAUUUCCUUUUCGCGGCCUCAUGUUAGAUACAUCAAGACACUAUUUACCGGUUAAUGUUAUUAAGCAGAUAAUUGAAUCUAUGUCAUAUGCCAAACUUAAUGUUUUACAUUGGCACAUCGUAGACGAACAAUCAUUUCCUCUUGAAGUACCUUCAUAUCCGAAUUUGUGGAAAGGUUCAUAUUCAAAGUGGGAACGAUACACAGUUGAGGAUGCAUAUGAAAUUGUCAACUUUGCCAAAAUGAGAGGUAUAAAUGUGAUGGCAGAAGUGGAUGUCCCUGGUCAUGCAAAGUCAUGGGGUAUUGGAUAUCCAGAUGUUUGGCCAUCGCCCUCGUGUAUGAGCCCACUCGAUGUUUCAAAGCAGUCUACCUUUGAUGUACUUUCUGGCAUUAUGACAGAUAUGAGAAAAAUAUUCCCCUUUGAACUAUUUCACUUGGGUGGUGAUGAAGUGGAUACAGAUUGUUGGACCAAUACUUCUCGUGUGAAUAAGUGGCUUCAGAAUCACAACAUGACUGCUAACGAUGCUUACAAAUAUUUUGUACUGAAAGCUCAACACAUAGCUCUUUCGAAAAACUGGAGUCCUGUGAACUGGGAAGAAACCUUCAAUACGUUUCCGACAAAGCUCCAUCCACGAACUGUAGUGCAUAACUGGUUGGGCGCCGGUGUUUGCCCGAAGGUUGUUGCAAAAGGCUUGAGGUGUAUUUUCAGUAACCAGGGUGUAUGGUAUCUUGACCAUGUAGAUGUACCUUGGGAUGUUGUCUAUAACGCCGACCCAGUAGAAGGAAUACAUGAAGCUUCUGAACAAAAACUUGUGCUUGGAGGAGAAGUUUGCAUGUGGGCUGAGGUAGUUGAUACAUCGGAUAUUCAGCAAACAAUAUGGCCUCGGGCUGCUGCAGCCGCAGAACGUUUGUGGAGUCCGAGACAAUUUACGACAGGUAGAAAUGGUAACUUAACUGCAUUACCGCGACUGCAAUACUUCAGAUGUCUGCUGAAUAGAAGAGGGGUUGCAGCUGCUCCUGUCACAAAUUUUUAUGCUAGAAAUCCUCCUACUGGACCAGGUUCAUGCUAUGGGCAAUAA